ACAGAGGAGAGAUAAAUCUGCGUCGACUCCGUCUCUCCCACGAAAUCCUCCCCAUUCCACGCGCGGAAGAAUUCCUGGUGCGUUCUAAACCGAUCAAAGAAGGCGACGCAUUGAUUUGCUGAUUUUCCGGCGAUCGCUUCUCUCCGUUGGGGCCAGAUACAGUUCAGCUAUGCAGAGUCAACUUGUUUGCAGCGGUUGCAGGAGCAUUCUUCUUUACCCGAGGGGAGCCACCGACGUGCGUUGUGCAAUAUGCAGCACAAUAACUGCAGCUGCCUCUCCAGGAAUGGAGAUGGCUCAGCUUGUGUGUGGAGGUUGUCGAACAUUGUUGAUGUACUCUCGUGGUGCUACAAGCGUAAGGUGCUCCUGUUGUAACACAAUCAAUAUCACAGGAGCAGCGAUGCCAGCGAAUCAGGUUGCUCAUGUGAACUGUGGCCAAUGUCAUACAAGGCUGAUGUACCCUUAUGGAGCACCAUCUGUCAAAUGUGCAAUUUGCCAGUAUAUUACAAACAUUGGGAUGCUUAAUACGAGAGUUCCAGGCCCUGCUGCACACAGGCCUAAUGAGACUGCUCCUGUCCUGCCAUCAACUUCGGUUCACUCUUCUCAACCAUCAAACAUGACUGUAGUUGUUGAGAAUCCGAUGUCAGUGAAUGAGAGCGGCAAACUGGUGAGCAAUGUUGUGGUUGGAGUUAACAAAGGAAAGAAAUGACAUCAGGCCAGUUGCAGAGGUCACCUUGGUUGGUAUGCAAGUCAAAUGAGGAUCAAGUCUCUCCUUCCUGGGGAUCAGAGUUUUACUGGUGAUCACACUAUGCCAGGGAACUGCAUUCUUUUUGUUUUGUGCAUGUGCUGCGUCAAACUGCAAAUUUGUGGCACUCUAUACAUAUGCCAACCAUGUACCUGGUGGCACCAUAAUUAUUGCCCUAUUACAAUAAUAUAUCUUGCUUAUUUGUUA